GCUGGCAGGCGCAGCUACAGCCAGCUGCUGGGCCAGAAAGGCUGGGGCGCCACGCAGGAGCCAGGCCUGGCGCUGCUGGUGCUGCACGCAGUGCUGCUGCACAGGCAGCACUAUGGCAGUCUGGCGCAGGCCCGGCCCUACCCCUGGAGCGAGUCGGAGCUGUUCACGGGCCUGAGGGUCCAGCGGCGGCUGGCAAAGCUGGUGUCUGACCCUGCAGAGGGCAUGCAGGAGCUAGCAGGACUGGUUCUCUAUGGCGGCUACAUCCAGGACGCUGGGGACGCUGGGGCGGUGCAGAGCCUGAGCCAGGGCUGCUUGUGCAGGGCCUCCCGUUUGCUGCCCCCCCAGGGGGUGCAGAGCCUCCUCGCCAGCCUCAGCAGGGGCUCCCCGCUGGCGCUGCCAGAAGACGAUGCGAUUGCAGAGACGCGGGCUCGCCUCACCCCAGCCAAGCGUGCUGGCUCGCAGGAAGGUCCGGGGUAG